CUUAGGCAGCAAAAGGUCUCGGCUUAGAUUUCCCUCACCAUGAAUAUUCAGAACUCUCCCUGCUCAGCCUCUGUUGGCUCCUGUUUACUUUAGGCAGGAGUGGCUUAGUCCCUGGUUAACCUUGACAUACAGAGGGAGGGAGAGAGAAGUGAAGCACAAAUAGGUAUGUGGCACCUCCACACACCUGAGAUGUGACAACCACAUUUUUACUGGUUGCCAAAGCCAACUCUACCAUUUUUGCCACAAAAGUAACUCAACGUCCAGCUCAGUGUCUCCUUCUACCUCCCGUCUUCUCCAUGUUGGUCUUUGCCCACAAGAGUUGAAGAUACUGUUGAGCGUCGGACAAAUCAGACAUCAGAGGAAGCAGGGUUACUAAUCCUUCCUGUUGGCUCCAUGGCAGAAAAUAAUUAUAGCUGGUGGAAGUUAACCUUCCUCCGAAAGAAGAAGUCCACUCCAAAGGUAUUGUAUGAAAGCCCAGAUAUUUAUGCAGUGGCCAAUGACGAGAAUCUACAAGAGGGCGUGCCAGGAGAUGGGAGCAGCGGAAGCCACAACGAGCAAGAAUUCAAUGCCCGGCUAGAGAAAAUUGUGGACAAGAGCACCAAAGGGAAACAUGUCAAAGUUUCCAAUUCGGGACGCUUCAAAGAAAAGAAGAAAAUCAGGGCUACUUUGCCAGAAAACCCCAACUUCUUCUCCGAUGGGGAGCGGGACGAAAAAUAAGAGCCAAUUGAAGGAGAUGCUCUUCGUAAUCCCUUCUUUGAGGACAUUUCUCUGCUGAAGAGAAGCUGACGACGCAUAAGGUUCAUUACAUUUGCUAAUGAAGUUAACGAGGGAGCUAUCUGGGGUCCAGGAUCAGGUCCUGAUUUUCAUGUGAAGGUCUCAAAAACGAUGAACAUCAUCCAUGUUUUUUUUUCCUCUUUUUUUAAUUUAAGAAAUAAAGAUAAUAUUUGCAUUAAACACAAGCUUGCGAAGGAAUCAACAGUGAGAAAGGAAAAUCAAGAGGUGGAGCAGAACAGGGAACAUACACAGUGCUGCUAAACUCAGAUCAAUUAUCCCUGGUUAGCAACCCUGUCAACCUUCUAAUCAGAGUAAAUAGAGAAUGUUUGUCUUUGGCUCUCAGGCCUGCUCAGCUCCUGGCACUCUUGGGCAGCUGCUCUGAUAGGCCUCAUCAGUACUGGCACCUGCUUUCCUCUUCCUACCCACCCAUUCUCCCAGCUGCAAGCUUUCUUGGCAACAGCAGCUGAGUCUGCAAAUCUGACCAUCACUGAAAAUCACACAUCCACCCCCUGAUUCACCCUGCGUAUACUUGCUCUAAGUCACUGUAGAAAAUAUAAAUGAAUUUUUUUUUUUUUACAGAUUAAGUUGCUUCUUCUAGGUAAGCUCAUGGCUAGGGAAAGGGGCCUUUGGUGGCCUCUUAGAUAUUGAUCUACAGACCAGUCAGUCUGAUGUCAGUACUUGGAAAGAUUCUAUAGCAGUUCAUAGAAAUCUUUAUUUUUAAGAAACUUGAAAACAAUGUGAUAAUUACUAGCAAUCAGCAUGACUUGUCAAAAACAAGUCUUGCCAAAUGAACCUUAGCAAAUGUGUUGUUUGGAUAGCAUCCUUAGAUUGAGGGAAUGCUGGUGAUGUAGUUUAACUUGAUUGCAGGAAAGCACUUAACAAAAUAGCCCAUUACAUUUGCUUAGUAUACUACUUGAAUGUGAGCUGGAUAGGUAGUUACAUACCUGGCUCAAAAAUUGAGCUCAAAAACUUCAUCAGUGGUUCCUUACCAAACUGGAGUAAAGUGGGAGAGGGGGGAGAUAUUACAAGGUUUGAUCCCAGAUCCUGUACUCUCAAACAUUUUUAUUCCUUAGAUGAAGUGGUCGAGGGAAUGCUUUAUUGAAUUUGUAGAUGAUAUAAAACUGGGUAGGAUACCUUUAAAAACAGAAAUAAGUUAUAAGUUAGAGAAAUGGGAUUAAAAUAUCAAUAAAAUUUAAUAGAGACAAUUGCAAAGUUAUUUUCUAAGGAAGUAAAAAUCAGUGCACAAAUAUGGCAUGGUAAUAGUACUAGUGAAAAAAGAUUUUGGAGUACUAAUACUGAAUAUGGGAUAUGGGUCAGCAAUAUGAUGUGGCUGAAAAAAAGAAAAAGAAAAAACCAAAAGGCAAAUACAAUUUUAGGUAGCAUAAACAGAGAUUUAGUAGUAAACUUUGUAGUAGUAAACUUUAUUGUCAUUGUACCUCGUACAAUGAAAUUAAAUGCCAUCCCCAGUGCACCUUACAAAUAUAAAAACCAUAGAAUAAAAAGCACACAUCCUUCGCAUUCUAAUCCUUCACAUUAGCUUCUAAAUAGAAAUGAUAGUUGCCCUUUGUUCUGCAUUUGACAGAUCCCCUCCACCUUGAAUACUGUGUCCAGUUUUGGGCUCUGGUUCAGGCAAUCUGGAACAUGUUUAGAGUAUAGCAGUGAGGGUGACCAAGGGGCUAGGAAGAGAGAUUAAAUCAGUGUUUUUCAAAUUUGGCAAUUUUAAGAUGUGUGGACUUCAACUCCCA